GAAGGAAAGGAUAGCUUUGGAUUUUGGGUUGGCAUGAUACCUGGUUUUCUCCCAAACCCAGGGUUUCAAGGUAUACCAUUGUGCUAUUACAUUUUCCUGUAAAUAUAUUCCAAAGUAUUAUGUGUAUCACAACUUUCUUAUUAUCAACUUGUGAAGGUAACACCAUAGAUGAAGAGUGUCCUAUUUUUGGUCCAUUACAGCCAAUUAUACCCAACUAUCAAAGUUGCUGUGACUAGGCAUGCCUGAAUGCCUGAGGGGAGAGUUGAUGGGGGACUCUACUGUCAGAAUCCCCCGGGAAACAUUGUCUUCAUCUCAGUGUGUACGGCAAGAUACUCUGGAGCACCGAGUGGACUUAGGCUAUGAGCAGUGCCUUCUGCAAGUUUUUCCUUUAUUUGCGGGAUUACUGUUAAUAUUAUUUCUUGUACCAACAACUGCAACUUUUUGUCCUCUACAAUAUCAUCUUCAAUUUGCCCUAGGUGUAAACAAUGUAUCACAGGGCCAUGUAUAUGAGAUGUGUUCAGAAUAUACUUCAACAUUCUAAGAUAAGAAAAAGAAUACCUGUUCCAGUAGUGAGAAGAAUAUCUACAGACACUAAUGAUGAAGGAAGAACAGUAACUAGAAGAUUUGGACUUGAUUAUGAAUAUUUGUGUAAUCCUGAAAAUUUGUCAGUAAUAGAGGAGUUAAUUAAAAAACGAAAGGGUGUAGGAGAUAUUUGGAAAGUGGUAGAGCUAAGUAAUAAAUUGCAGACUCAGAAUAUGACUACUGAGGAAUACACAGCACUGGAAGCAGAAUUAGAAAAAGCAGCAUUGAUGAUUCCAAACAAAGCAAGUCCUCACUUGUUUGAAUAUGGAGAAACUCCCAAAGUUAUUGAAUAUGUUAACUCAAAACCAGAUUUCAGUUUUAAGCCACGUGAAAUACACGAGCUUGGUAAAGAGUUAGACAUCAUUCGCAUGGAAAAUUUGGGAAAUUUGACAGGUCCCCGUAGUUACUACUUAAGGGGUGCGUUGGCAGACCUAGAACAAGCAUUAAUAAGAUACACCGUAUCAUCAUUACUGAAGAGAGGCUUUGUUCUUAUGUCUGUCCCUGACCUAUUGUAUUCACACAUUAUUGAGGGAUGUGGUAUGAGCACCCGAGGCGAGCGUACACAGGUUUAUCAUAUUGCUGACUCAGAAGAUGUGUGUCUGUCAGGAACUGCAGAGAUGGCAAUUGGUGGAUAUUUGAAAAAUAGAGAAUUCUCUCUUGAAGAGCUUCCCCUCAAGUUGGCAGCUGUUUCAAGAUGCUACCGGGCAGAGACUUCCUCACUUCGGGAAGAGAAGGGAAUAUAUCGAGUACAUGGAUUUACAAAAGUUGAAAUGUUUGGAGUUACAGCAGCAGAAAGUGGAGAAGAAAGCCAUCAGCUAUAUACAGAAAUGACACAGAUUCAAAAAGAACUGUUCUCCAGCUUAGGCAUCCAUUUCCAGAUAUUAGAUAUGCCUCUCCAUGAAUUGGGUGCUCCAGCUUAUAUGAAAACUGACAUGGAAGCUUGGAUGCCUGGAAGAGGAGCCUAUGGGGAAAUAUCUUCAGCUUCAAAUUGCACAGAUUACCAAAGCUGUCGUCUCAAUAUUUCUUACAAGAACAAGGAGGGAAUCAAAAAAUUGGCUCACACUGUCAAUGGAACAGCAUGUGCCAUCCCUCGGUCCCUGAUUGCCAUAUGCGAGACUCAUCAAACUGAAAAGGGACAUAUCCGGAUCCCUCCCGCCUUACACUCAUAUAUAUCAGGCAUUGAAACCAUUAUACCCUCGGCUAGUCAGUGUCAGAUGAGUUGGAUCAAACAAAAGACUUAUCCAGGAAAAAUUAGAUAAUGUAAAGUUGAAAAGUAGUAAAUAUCAUUUAAUCAUUUGUCAAAGUAUAGUUCAUGUAACUGUAGUUUUAAUUUAUAGAGCUGUACAUAUUAAAUUGUUUUGAAAAUGUA